CACCAAGCGGACCUUAUCGCUUCAUGCAUGCAGGGCAGGGUAGCUGCAACUACAUACCUUGACCACUUGCAUAAACAGCCCUCCGCGCAUUCUCCAACCAUGGAUGACUGGAUGUAUGCGCCUGCGGGCAGUACUGGCACCACUCCGCGGGAGGGUGGCGGCGGCCUGUCCGUCUUCCGCGGCGCUCAGGCAACGGAUGACGGCAAGGCCGCCAGUCCGCAAUCAAGAGUGCGCCGACGCAAUCGAGUGAUCGCUUCAUGCCUCGAGUGUCGCCGGCGCAAGCUGAAGUGCGACAAGCUCGCGCCAUGCACCAACUGCACGCGCUACAAGCGCGACUGCUUGUAUCUCGCCCCGGGCACCGACCCCAACAGCCAGCAGAAACUCGCCGACCUCAAGGAGAAGAUGGGUGCGCUCGAGCGAUCCCUCGAGGCCCAGGUCGCGGAUGCAGCCGCCAAAGCGCAGAAGCGCAACGAGGAUGUGAAGCCAUCGUUGACAGACGCCGCACAACUUCACGUCACCGACCGUGGCGACGAUGAUGACGAUGGCGCCGGCGACGACGAUGAUGUGCUCGAGCCCACGCCCCUGACUUCGCUCGACACGGCCUAUGAGGAGAACGCGGACGAUGAACUGAUCGACCUCGGCGUGCAGAUGGGCAGGAUGCGCAUUACGGAGCGCAUAGGGGGAUUCAUCCGGCCGAAGAUCGUCGACGAACUCAACGAUUCGCUGGAAGAGGUGCGGGAAACCCAUCCUCCGCAGCGCAACGCCGACGGCUCUACCUCGAGGCCGGAGGCGCAUGCACGGCUCAUGGCAUCCCCCAAGAGCUACAUUGGCCCAGGUCCCGACUACAUCGCCCCCACCACCAGCUUCUUCUUCCCCGGCACCAACAUGAACACAUCCCUGAUUGAUUACCUGCCUUCCAAAGUGGCAGCCGACCAACUAGUCGCGCAAUACUUCCACGCCGUACACCCGAUCGCGAGGGCUGUCCACCGGCCGACUUUCGAGUCUCAAUACGCUCUGUUCUGGGGUCAGAUCGCCACUGGGACGGAACCCGUGCCUUCGCAACAAGCCAUUGUAUUCGCAGUGAUAUUCUCGGCCGCCGUGAGCAUGAGCGAAGAGCAGGUUACACGCCAAUUCGGCACGACCAGAGCGAAUCUGGUGGACUCGUUGCGCACCGGCACGGAAAUGACCCUUGCGCGAGCCAACUUCCUCCGCACUACCAAAGUCGGCACGAUGCAAGCCUUCGUCAUCUAUUUGAUCCCGCUGGUUCGCUCCGAGGUCUCUCGAGCUCACUCCGCCCUUGUAGGCACCGCCAUUCGGCUCGCGGAAUGCAUGGGCCUCCACCGAGACGGCACUUUCUACAAUAUGACUCCCAUUGAAACACAUGUACGGCGUAUGGUCUGGCACCAGCUUUGUUAUUUGGAUAUGCGGACAUGCGACGCCACUGGUCCACGACCGCAGAUCCGACCCGAUGACUAUGACACCAAACUCCCGCUGAACAUCAAUGACGUGGAUCUUCUUCGGUCAUCGCCGCCUACCGAAGACAGGCCUUAUUGGACUGAUAUGUCUUUGUUUAGAAUUCGUGCAGAAAUUUUCCAGAUGCGCCGCACCAUCUGGUUCGACAUGGUGCAAAUCGACAAGAGGAAGAAAUCGCUCACCUCGACAGUCGUCAAGAUUCAAAAGGCGCGCUCUCGAAUGUGCGAGUUCUACCUGCCGAUGAUUGACGAAAACGUGCCAGACCAGCUGGCUGGGAAGCUCAUACUGCACAGCGGUUCCAACGCUGGCUUCAUCCAGGUGCUACACCGCUAUCUCUUCAGUACAACCCAGCCGAUGCCCGAUCGUCUCCGUCAAUUACUGAUCGAGGCCGGCGUGGCCAAUCUGGAGAAUUCGAUCCAGUUCGAAACGACGCCGGAGCUCUCUCGGUUCUGGUGGUACCGCGGCGCGCUCAACCAAUACCACGCCGCACUCCUCCUCAUGGCCGAAGUCUACGCAUACCCGAUGCGCAAGGAAGCCGGGCGCAUCUGGAAAUGCCUCGACUACAUCUUCGAAAUCCCUGCGCACCUGUCGCCCAAGCAGAAGGCGGAGCUCGUCCUGACGGACCUGCGCGACCGCAUGGAGAUCUACCACCAGAUGCGCAAGGUCAAGAACACCGCGGCCAUGGAAGCGCAGGUGCACCAGUUGAUGAGAGCGUGGGAGCGCGAUGAUUCGACUAGUCCGACUUCGCUGCCGCCCUUGACGGAGGCCCCGUCGGAGUUGCGGGGACAAUAUCCCGUUGAGAGCCAGCCUAUCGACGCCAUGCUGCCGCCAACUGGCUGGAGCACGCCCAUGACAACGCAGACAUCAGACACGAGCGGAAGCGGCAGCCACCCAGGAAGCGUCGGUGCACCUAGCGGUGCCGACACACAAAUGAGCGCAAUGGAGGACAUCGACUGGGUCGAAUGGAACAAAUACUUCCCCGUCGAGCUCAACACCGGCGAUCUCAACAUCCCGGACUUCAACCUCGCAGACUUCACCGGCAACUUGAGCGCCCCGCCGCCGCCGCUCAGCAUGCCGGCUGCUACCUACAGUGGCGUGCCAGGCGCGGCGAAUGUUUCUUCUGCAGAGGACUAUGCGGAUGUGACGUUCACGCCGACGUACUAUCCGAACCAUACUAAGACGUCGAAUGCGUACGCUCGGUGAGGGGUGGGCGGCGUUUGGAUUUUGGAUUUUCAUUGAGGGAGGCGUUUUGGGGGGGUUUGUAUCAUAUCUCUACUUAAUGCCGCGAUAUGAAGCGGGCAUGCAUACUCGAAGAUAGACCGGAUGGGAUCAUUGGAAGGCUGGAGGGGAAGCAGGUUGGGCUGUCAUAUUACAUCAGA